UUCAGUUUAUAAUAACGACUGAUAAGUGAUCCACUGUGGGUAUAACACGAAAACCCUAAACAUUAUCGUCUAAGUUGUAUUUGUUACAUAUGAUUUUCAUUUACUUAGCGUGCUUUUUACUCUUGUUCUACUACCUCUUAACAAAAAACUAUGGCUACUGGAAAUCCAAAAACGUCCCCUUCGAAAAACCAGUUUUCAUUUUUGGAAGUUUCUACAAGAUAGUGACAAAACAACAACACCUUUUCUACCGAAUUCGUGAAAUAUACGACAACUUCAAAACCCCGUACUGCGGAAUCUACAUCUUUAACCGCCCACACCUCGUCGUCAGAGACCCACAACUGAUCAAAAAAGUGUUAGUAAAAGAUUUCGACAAGUUCGUAAACCACCAAAUCGCCUCCAACGAAAAAGCAGACGCUCUGACGUACCACGGCCUUUUCGCUUCACGCGACCAGGAAUGGAAAAACCUGCGCACCAAACUUUCCCCGGUUUUCACUUCAGGAAAAAUGAAGCUGAUGCUGCCGCUAAUUCAAGAAUGUGCUUCUGAUUUGGCCGCUUGUGUGGAGAAACACAGCGGCGAUAAAAUCGAAAUUAGAGACGUAAUGAAAAAAUAUGCUGUGGAUAUUAUUUCGUCGUGUGCUUUCGGCAUCAAUGCGUACUGUCUUAAGAACGAGAAGUCGGAGAUAUUGGAGGUUGCCACAAAACUGGGAGAUUUUAAGUCGCUGAUUCGAAAUUUCGUAGUGUUUAGUUAUUUUUUCGCGCCUAAAUUGGUCGACAUUUUUCGGUUGAGCCUGCUUGACAAAGGGGCCUCCAGCUAUUUGAUUGAUGUAUUUAACAACACUCUGAAAGAGCGUAAGAAGAGAGGGAUUUUGCGGAAUGAUUUGAUUGAUUUGCUCAACAAUUUGAAGCAGAACGAGAGUUUUAAUGAAAAUUAUAAAUUUGAUGACCUAAAGAUGGCUGCACAAGCUAUCCAAUUCUUCACCGCUGGAAAUGAAACGACCUCUUUGACGUUAGCUUUCGCUUUGUAUGAAUUAUCACUAAACAAAGAUGUUCAAGACCGACUGCGCCAAGAAGUUAGAGAAACUUUUGACAAACAUGGUAGCUUCACGUACGAAGCGAUUCAAGAAAUGACGUACCUCGAUAUGGUUUUAAAUGAGGCUUUGAGAAAAUAUCCCCUUACUAUUUUCUUGGACAGAGGAUGUGAAGGAACUUACAAUUUUGAAGACACCGGGUUAACUAUUGACAAGAAUGUUUCUGUAUUAAUUCCGGUUGUUGGAUUACAUUACGACCCGGAAUAUUAUCCUGAUCCGGAAAAAUUUGAUCCUGAGAGAUUCAGUCCGGAAAAUAAGAAUAAUAUAUUACCUUAUACAUAUUUACCUUUUGGGGAUGGUCCAAGAAGUUGCAUUGGACAAAGGUUCGCACUUUUGGUAAGCAAACUAGCUUUGGUUUACUGCUUGAAGGAUUUUGCUUUCGAUGUAUCAGAGACCACAAAAGUACCCCUUGAAUUAGAUAAUGGUAUACCCUUUAUAAUGAACAAAGGUAAUCUUCAUCUAAAUGUUACAAGAUUGUAGUCUACUGACCUGACAGAAAUAGGUUUUUUUUCUGUAUAUAAGUAUGUUCUUUUUAUUAAAAUGUGAGUUUAAUGAUGACAGUAUAUUUAAUGUUGAUACAUAUUAUAUAAAUAAAGAGGUUUAUUUCCAAACGUCAAAUAAUUAUAUUUAUGUGACAUUUUUAUUAUUAUUAAUACAUGUUCAAUGCAAAAUACGUAUGAAGUAAAACUUGCACAAUAUGAAUUAAUUUUAUUGUUCUGGGCGCCUGUGAAAAAAGUUAAUAUAUAAAGGUAAAAUUUGCGCAAUCGCCGUUUCAAUGUCAUGACAUCUCAAAAACAUUUAUAAUCCUAAAUUUUAUAAAAUAGCUCUUAUAAUUAUUUUACUAAAUACAAAUUCGUUAAAUCAAUUUUUUAAAUUUGCACUGCGGGAGCAAGGGAAGUCCUGUCGAAACAACUUUCGCCAAGUUUUCAAUUAAUGUUUAGGGCAAACCCGGUCAAAUGCUUUCCAAAGAUCUGAAUAGAUCACAGCUACUUGACCCCUUUUAUUAAGUUUUUCCACAACAUAUUUUGUAAACUGUAACAAAUGUGAAAAAACUGACCUUAGACCAACAAAGCCAUGUUGGAAUUGAGAUAUAUUUAAGGUUUUAUACAGGACUGUAUGUGAUUAAAAAGAAGAAUCUCAAAAUUCUUAGAAAAAUUGGAGACAAUGGUUAU